UUUCUCUACAGACGUUAGUCACAUGACGCGUCGACGUCACGCUUUCGUACGCUUUUGGAUUCGGACAGAAGAUGGCAGCCUCCUCAGGAGUUAAAGUCCCUCGUAAUUUUCGUUUGUUGGAAGAGCUUGAGGAAGGACAGAAGGGUGUCGGUGAUGGGACGGUGAGCUGGGGUCUGGAGGAUGACGAGGAUAUGACUCUCACACGGUGGACAGGCAUGAUCAUCGGACCUGCACGAACUAAUUAUGAAAACAGGAUAUACAGCCUGAAAGUGGAGUGCGGACCUAAAUAUCCCGAAGUACCACCGACUGUUAGAUUUGUAACGAAAAUUAGCAUGAAUGGAAUAAAUAAUUCCAAUGGGAUGGUGGAUUCACGUAGCAUACCAAUUCUAGCAAAAUGGCAAAACUCAUAUAGCAUUAAAGUCGUUCUUCAAGAGCUAAGGCGUCUUAUGAUGUCCAAAGAGAAUAUGAAGCUUCCUCAACCACCAGAAGGACAGACAUUCAGCAAUUAAUUUUAAAUGAUUGUUAUGACCCUCUGUCUUAAACCAUUUAGAAAUGUCUUGUAAACCAUCAAGAAAAGAAAAAACAAAUAUGACUCACUCCACACACAAACAGUCUCCUCUGCGGGGGCACGAUUGGACAUUUCUAAUAGUUUAGCUUGAGAAACAAAGCAAAACGCCUAUAUUGUGUGGCACCAUGUUCAAUUGUGUUUUAAAGUUACGAGUGCACAAACCUCUUCUCUUCCAUUUACAUCGACCAUGAGCUUUAUGAUGAUGAACAGCAUAGUCAGCAUAGAUGCAGAAAGAAGGCAUGCUAGGUGAGGUUUAUAUAGAGAUCUGUUCGUUUUAAGUUAAAGUAACAGGACGCCAAAACAAA